AUGCAAAAUAGCGCAGCCAAAGUUAAUCGCGAGGUCUGCUCCUUUCCUCCUGUUGUGCGAUAUGCGUUUCAAGAACUUUUCCCGUCUCUUUACGGCCUAUCCUGCUCAGCUCUUCGUAAUUCUUUGUUAUUUCUUGAUUUGUAUCUUCCUGAUUUGCGAAAUAAAAUUCGGCCUAGUGAACGGCCUUCAAAAUUGCUGGGUUCGUAUGUAUCCUCGACUCCCUCAGAGCUCUCGCCCCAAUGUUUUGAUAUAGCUUUGAGAGCAUCAGGCCUUGAAACGGAAGCUAAAGAGAAAUUUGUAAAACGAUCAACUCGAUCAGAAUUCUGCUGA